AUGGUCCGUCAGCUAGCUCUUGAGGGCAUCGCUUUCGUCAAGAAGCAUGACCUAGUCACAGUCCCCGAGGUAGCCGAGACCUGGCGCAUGUUCAUGAUCUCGGCAGAGCGGCAAAAGGAGUCACCGUUCUUUCUCGGUGACCCGUCCUUCUGGGUUUCGUAUCCGACCCCCACCAUGGACCACGAACUGAAGAUGAUGGUGAUGCGCGGCAACAAUCCCCACUUCUCUCGUGCCACGGCCUUCCACGAGCUCAUUCCCGGGCAUCGGCUCCAGCUCUUCAUGGGCAAGCGCCACCACCCUUACCAAGAGCUCUUCUCCACGCCAUUCUUCGUCGAAGGCUGGGCCAUGUACUGGGAGUACGUCUUUUGGAACAGGGGCGAUUUCUUUGUGAGUGCGGAGGACAAGGUCGGCACUCUGUUCUGGCGCAUGCACCGCUGCGCGAGGAUCAUCUUCUCCCUCAAGUACCACUUGGGAGAAAUGACGCCCCAGCAGUGUGUCGACAUGCUGGUCGACUGGGUCGGCCACGAGAGGUCCAACGCCGAAGGUGAGGUCACUCGAUCCUUCGGUGGCGACUAUUCCCCGUUGUAUCAGGCCGGGUAUAUGCUGGGUGCAUUGCAGCUGCACGGCCUGCGGGAGGAGGUUUUGACAAAGGGUCUCAUGGGCGAGAAGGAGCUUCAUGACAUGAUUCUGAAGGCAAACACGAUGCCCAUUGAGCUACUCGGGGCACUGCUCCUUAACCAAAGUCUUACUCCGGAGCAAACCUCCAAGUGGAGAUUCUACGAAUAA